AUGUCGAAUAUGAUGUUGGGUUCAAACCAACCAACAACCCAACAUAAUCCGCCUAACGGGUACAACGAAAACAUUUCACUGUCAGAUCAGCACCUUCCUCAAGCACCUGCUCAAAUGGUCCCUCCUGUCCACACCAAUAACAAUAACGGAUCGUCAACAUACUUUUCAAGCGUCACGCAACAACGCUUCAAAGGCUUUGAAUGUGAGAAUGGAACUCUACCAAGUUCAUCUGCAUCAAUAUUGACUCAAAUAUCACCAGUCAUCAGCAGGCUCAUCGACAUUUAUCGGAGAAUCUUCAAGAGGUUAUUUUGUGAACCAGGACGUCGCCGAGUUAAUCUGAACCCUUCAACCUUAAUUGAGGAGGUCCAGGAGGAUCCUUACGACUUUUUCUACAACGGCCUCCCUAAAAAGCAUCGUGUGUUGACAGACCAGGCCCCAUGUAAACAUUGUGGAGCGACGCGGUUUAAAUUUAAAUUUCCUACUUUCUGUUGUAUGAGUGGGAAGACAAAAUUGGCCAUCACAAACGUUCCAACUGAACUGUACAAUCUCUAUACGGAUCAAACCAAAUUAGGAAAAACGUUCAGACACCAAAUACGUGCGUACAACACAAACUUUUCAUUCACGUCAAUGGGUGUCAAGUUAGAUAAAAAGUAUGCAAAUAUGAGUGCUAGAGUCUAUACGUUUCGUGUAAACGGUGGGAUAUAUCACACUCUAGAUCAGUUGGUACCAAGGGACGGACAACCUAGGUACUUACAGUUGUAUUUUUAUGAUCCAGAAAACGAGUUUAAUCUCAGAGCAAGUUGGUCCAACCUUGAUAGAAAUAUCUUUCGUAUCUUGACACGUGCUCUUGCUGCAAAUCCGUACGCAACCACCUUCCAAAACAUGGCUCAGUUAGGACCCCUAGACAAUUACAGGGUCACUUUGAAUGCAUCAGUUGAGCUCGACCAAAGGGUGUACAACCGACCUACUACAUCGGAGGUUGCUGGUAUAUGGGUUGAAGGAAAUGACAAAAUUACAGCAUACAAGCGAAGCAUUGUUGUGUAUGGGAGGUCUCAACAAUGCCAACGCAUUCAACCUUACUUUGGUUGUUACGAUCCACUGUCCUAUCCUUUGUUUUUCCCCGCUGGUGAGUUUAGAUGGCAUUCAAGAAUACCAAGAAAUGGUUUUUCUCUCGAUGACAUUGGUAAUGAUGAAGACAACAUCGAACAAGAUGAAGAGGCGGAAGGUGAAAACACAAACAAAGGUAGGAAAACAGUAACAAUGCAGGAAUAUUACUGCUACAAGUUCCAAAUCCGGCCUACAGAGAAUGUGAUUCUGUUAGGUGGGAGAUUGUACCAACAGUAUGUUGUAGAUGUCUACAUAAAGAUUGAAACAACACGCUUGAAUUUCCAUGAGUAUAAUCAAGACAAGAUAAGGGUAGAUUUGUAUCAGGGUAUAGUGGAUUGUGUCAACGCCGGUGAAGUUAAUCUGAGUAGGAUUAGAAGAAGGAUUGUGCUCCCUGCAACUUUCAUUGGAGGUCCACGUGACAUGCGUCGACGUUUUUUGGAUGCCAUGACGUUGGUGCAAGAUGCCGAUAAGCCUGACCUAUUCCUUAUGUUUACUUGCAACCCAAAUUGGGAAGAAAUAACUAAAAAACUCUUACCCGGUCAAACUGCUCAAGAUCGUCCGGGAUUGGUUGCAAGAGUCUUUCGGGCUUAA